UGCGUCAUCAGUCGGCGUGUUUACGAGGGCCGGAGAGUUGAACGGAAAAAAAUCAACUUCAUUCAAAACGCAUUCAAACGGAUGGUGACUGCUAUAAGCAGCAUAAGGAACACUUUGUGCAGUUACUGUAAGAAAUCCACAGAGCAUUCACUGCCAUCAUGUGUGAGGGACCUUCUAUGAUCUCUGGGCCCAUUCCACCAGACCCCUCCCUUUUCCCCGAAUACUACAAACGACCAGCCUCCGCUCGGGGUCGUCUGGAAGGGAAUUCUCAGAGUGGAUCUUUAGCCCUACUGAAUGGGCCCUUAGCUCCAGACCCUGCGUUGUACCCAAGCUACUACAGUGCCCGUGCUCCUCGUCCUCCUCGCAUUGGCCCCAAUGCCACACACAUCCUGGAAAGAAGCCAGAAAGGAGAAGUGGGGGCCAUCCUUAGACUGGAGGGUGUCUCCCUGAUUCCCAACCCCGUAAAACACAAACCUGCAGUGCGUGAUUAUGGCAAAGAGAACGUCCGCAGGCUGCGGGAGAUCCAGAGACGGUUCCGUGAGCAGGAGGCACAGAAAGAACAUGCAAAGCCAGUUCCUGUUAAAGCUCUGUGGAGCUCUCCCAAAUACCAGGACAUCUCCUCGAGGGUCAUGGCCCAGUUACAAGAGAAAACACCUCCAAAGAGGCCAGAAUGUCAGAACUUCCUAAGAGCCCACUCUGUCUGCGGUGCAGGUGGUCGACCUCAGCCUCGUCGGCCUCUUUCAGCACCAACUUCCCCUUCUGAAAACAACCCAAACCCUCAGACAUCAGACUCAGAUUCAGAGAUCCAGGUAAGAGGACACUUUGUGGACUUUGUGAGGCAUAACGCACGUGCAGCAGCAAAGACGGCGAUGAGACGCUCUCAGUCCCUACAGAACCUGCAAAACAAGCAGCCUCCAAGCGCAGUGAAGGGUCGUGUGCCACAAUAUCUGGAGGACAGAAAGGAGCUGUGGCGAAAAGAGGCGGAGGAGAGGACGAGGAACACACCUGACCCUUCUGUACCUGCUGGGCACACUCAGAUGUCAGAUAGAGAGAGGCAGGAAACUCUGAAGUCGCUCAAAGAAACGCACAGAUCUCUGGUGAGCGAGCUGCUCUCUCUCCCAGUCAGAGCUGACACAGUAAGCGUGCGCUCCCGCCGUGCAGAGCUCGACCGACGCCUCUCUGAAGUUGAGGAGGCCAUCAAGAUAUUCUCCCGUGAUAAAGUCUAUGUGAAAAAUGACUCAUGAACCAUCAUCAAUCUAAAUAACACAUUCAGUGUUAAUUGAUUACCCAUCACGUCCCUCAAGCAGGCUGCAUGUUUGGUUUUACAGUUCU